UGAGUAACAUCACAUUGACCGCUCAUUUCAUUCUCUUGCGACGUCUCGUUGCGGGCGCACGUAUUUAGUUGAAAAUACACAAAAUUAAUUACACCAAAAUGUUAUUAAAAAGUUUAUUGAUCAUAGUUAUGUUACAAUUAACUUCAGAAACAUAUGGACAAGCGCAAAAAAAGUUUUUUCGUAAAGAUUACACCUUUUUAGAAGAGACUCAGAGUUUUUAUAAAUUUUUCUCAAUUGCUAAAACUUAUCAAGAGGCGGUAACAACGUGUGGCCGACAAGGCGCUACGUUGUUCUACGCUGAGGACAAACGUGAAUUGGACGCAGUGGCGAAAUUUUGGACACAGCCCAGAAAUCUUAUAUUAAUCGGCAUAUCGUCGUUAAUUUCUAAGGGUGUAUUCGCAUCUGUCGAUGGCAGACCAUUGACGGAUGUUCACAAUGAUUGGCUACCUGGUGAACCAAACGACGAAAAUGGGGAAGAAAGCUGCGUUGUUAUGAACAAGAAGGGACAAAUGAAUGAUGUACCUUGCAGACUUAAAUAUGCUUUCAUUUGCAAAAAGACGUUGGCAAGUUUAGAAUGGAACGCACAUUGCCAAACUCCGUAUAAACGUUACAUAGUAAAUGAGGACCUCGGGAGAUGUUACAAGUUCUUUCUGACUCCAAUGAAUUGGACAGAAGCGUUUGCAGUGUGUAACGCAGAGGAAUCCUAUUUGGCGAUCAUCAAUAGCGACGAAGAGGCAAACUUCCUAAAGAAAAUGACUAAAGAUAAUCCAAAGUACACAGUAAAGGGCAACUAUUUGGCCGGAGUUGUUAUGCUAGGUUUCCACAACCGCGACAGGCAGGGAUGGCUUACUGUUAAAGGUGCCACACUAGAAGAUAGCGGGUAUACGCAGUGGGGUUACGCUCAGCCCGACGUGUAUGACAAGUAUCUGUGCGGCGCCAUGUUCUACAAUGGAGAACUCACCUACGGCAACUGUUCGCAGCGAAGCUUUUUCAUAUGCGAAAAAGAAUAUAAGUCCGGCUUCGACGAGAGGUUCGGAGACGAAUAAGACUGAUCUCACAGAUAAUAAUAGUUAAUUACUUUUGAAGGAUGGAAACUUAAUAUUUAAGGAGACAAUUUAUGAAUAUAUUUAUGAAAUUCUUACAACGUCUUGUAAAAUUUAAGUUAUAACAGAUAUAAUUUUUGAUCAUAAUAAGUUCAUCUUUACACAUAAUAGGGUGUUUGACAAUUUUUUAAAAUGAUAGAGGACUAUUCACUUAUAGCAUGAAUUAUAUUUUUACUGUUUAAAUAUGCUCAAUUUAUUAAAUAUCCGUGAUUUUAUUUUGUCGCGCUAAAACGCUUUGUCAUGUGACGUUAUCCCUGUGUAAUGUCAUCGCUCAUAUACAAACAUUCGUGACAGUUCUGACACCUAACCUGCACCUUACAUCAAAACAAAUUGUCUACGAUUUAUAUCUGCUAGUUGUUACUUUUCCCACAAAAAAUGAAUAUGCCAGCAUAUAAAUAUUGUUCAGUGCCUUAAGGCGAUACCUCAAGGUCCAUUUUCAUACAUUUUGUUUCACCUUUAAUCUGGGUAA